AUGCUGUUAGAUUUGAAAAUCAGUAUAUUGCAAAAGUUGGGCGUGUGCGAGACAAAGUGGGUGAAAAAGCUGUUAUACAAGAUUCUUAUUGCGGUUAUGUCAUUUGGUGUGAAGUAUGAAACAUUCAUGAUAGGAUCCGACGAAGAUAUGCAGGUUUUAUUUCAUUGUCGGCAAAGUUUUCCGGAAGUGAGAAUACACAAUUUUUGGGUAGCUACGUCAGCCUGUUCGAUUCUAAAUAUUGUACGUGAGGGUGAACCGGAUCAGGUUGAAAAUGUGAUGCGAGAGGAUGAUUCGGAUGAAAAGCCUACUGACAUUGGUGAGGACAGUGAUGAGGAUAUUUUGACAAACCCAGUUACACAUCAGGGACUGUCAAGUUCCGGCACACAACAACAUCCUCCACAUUUCUCAACCCUGAACUUCGACGCCAUCGGCAAACUGCCAGACAUAGUUCCUAUCUUUGGGGAUCAAGGAUUGCACGAGGAAAAUGCAGCAGUUGAAUUUCAGAUUGGACAAUCUUUCCAAAGUAAGGAGGAAGCCAUUCUGAGUGUAAAGGAUUACAGCAUUCACGGUGGUGUUGAGUACAGGGUGAUAGAGUCGGAUCAUCUUAAGUAUCAUGGGAGGUGCAAGGAGUUCGAUAAAGGUUGCACGUGGAUGAUUUGCAUCACACUUCGGUAG